GUGUCUGUCAAAUUAUUUAGCUAGCCAACGUUAGCUAGUUAGCCAGGAUGACACCCAAAGGAAUGGCGAGCAGCAGAUACCAGUUUCCCUAAAAAUUACAACGGGACACACGUUAACACCUCUGUUAAAGGGACAUUUAUAAGAACUCUAGCAAAUACGCAGCGGAUGGCCUGGACAGCAGUUGUCGUGAGACCUUCAUAGAAAAGAAGAACACCCAUCUGAACCUCUGAAUGAGUAAUGAACUUAAACCCCUUCUGGAGCAUGUCUGCCAAUACAAGUCGCAAGCAGAGACCUGACAACGAGGAACAGAGCGGGCACGGCGAGCAGAGGGCCAGCCCAGCCCGGCUGUCCUUUGGCAAAAAGCAGCUUCCGCCCAUUCCUAAGAAUGCAGCCCCCAUUACCAAGCCUGUGUCACUGGGGACUCCAGCCCAGUCAGCCAAUGGCACACAUGCCUCCUAUGGCCCGUUUUACCUGGAGUACUCUUUGCUGGCUGAGUUCACACUAGUGAUUAAGCAGAAACUCCCGGGAAUUUAUCUCCAACCAUCCUACAAGUCGGCCCUAAUGUGGUUUGGGGUCAUAUUCAUCAGACAUGGCUUGUACCAGGAUGGAGUCUUCAAAUUCACUGUGUAUAUUCCAGAUAACUAUCCGGAUGGAGAGUGUCCUAAAUUAGUAUUUGACAUCCCAGUCUUCCAUCCUCUUGUUGACCCUGUGUCUGGAGAGCUUGAUGUCAGAAGAGCUUUCACGAAAUGGAGACGAAAUCACAACCACAUCUGGCAAGUCCUGAUGUAUGCACGAACAAUUUUCUACAAGAUCAAUACCACAGAACCACUCAACCCAGAGGCUGCUGUGCUAUAUGAAAAGGAUGUGCAGUUGUUCAAAAGCAAAGUGGUGGACAGUGUGAAACUAUGCAACAGUCAUCUUUUUGACCAGCCCAAGAUAGAGGAUCCAUACGCAAUAAGUUUUUCUCCAUGGAACCCAGCUGUUCAUGAGGAAGCAAAAGAACGGAUGUUCACAUACAAAAGACGGCCUGACGAUCACCACAAGGGAAUGCAGGUUUCAGGGCUGUCUUGGGUGAAGCCUGGAUCGACACAGCCCUUCAGCAAAGAUGACAGUCCUCCCCAGAGCUGAACCUGCACUGUUGCGGCAGUGGCCACUAGAGGGAGGCACAAGCAUUGGAUGCCAUGCCACUGGCAGGCCUCAGCUGUUUAUGUGAACUGGAUCCUUGAAACAGUUGGGAGAACUUAAUAUUAAAUCUCCACGUUAUUGCUCGGCUUUAAAAGCUUUGUAGGCAUCUCCUCAAACAGCUUUAGAAUAAGAAACAAAGUUUGUAUCAUAUGUAAAUCGAAGAUGACAAAUGGUUGUCUCGGCAACAUCAUUUAGGCUGUGAUGCAAUCAAAGAGCUUUCUCAUUUAGAUUUUUGGAUCCAUUCACAUGUUGGGCUAGAUGAUAGCAUACUGUCCCAAAAGGAGCUGAAAAGUAUGAGCAAAGCAAUUUGCCUUCAUACGGUGAGUAUAGUGGAACUACAUGAUCUGUACCACUUGCUGAAACUGGCUCAGGACUGUUUGUCAGACUUGGAAUAUUGUCAGUCACAGCUGUGUGAAUGAAACAUCCUAAUUACCACCCCUCCCAACACCCAAUUAGGCUGACAUGAUUUGUUUUAUAUUUGUUUCUUAUUGGACAUUGAUUUCUUUUUAAUUCUACUGUCUGUCUUCUAUUGUCUUACAUAGUCCCUAAUAUAUAUAUAUAUAUAUAUAUAUAUAUAUAUAUAUAUAUAUAUAUAUAUAUAUAUAUAUAUAUAUAUAUAUAUAUAAAGCAGAGCAGGCAAGUACAGUUUUAAAUGAGAUGCUAAAUAAGUUCAUUUAUUUUAAUGUCCGAUUUUAAAUCAUUUGAAUGUUUUAUGUACCUUUGGCUAUUGGUUAUUAAAGGUUUGAUGUGUAAAUAAUGGAUGCUGUGCUAAGGUUUGGCUUUAGAAAACAUGUCUACAUCACUGCUUGGAUUUUCUAAGUGAAUGUUUAGGUUUACUUUCUUUCCAAAUGUUAUUUAAGCACCCUUACAAAUCUUUACUUCGCAAGUCAAAGAAGUUACUGCAGGAUUCCUAAAUAGGGCUAAAAAAAAUCAUGUAUUUUCAUAAGCUUUAGUUAUUAACUAGUUUCUGAGCAGCACAAAAUGGAGAUUAAUUCAGCUACGAGAAUGCCCCUGUUCUGUUGUACCAGACCAAAGUCACUUUAUGUGCAACAUCUUGACCUGUAGUGGGCUCUGGAUUAAUUGAUAGUAAUAUUGCCCAGCUACUUUCAAUAUCAUUACAGCAAGGAUGAGGGAGAAGUGUGACAUUUUUAAAAGGUGUGGGAACCUCAACUUAUAACCUCUAUAUUAUAAUGGCUGAUAUGGUGCUGAAACCUGUUAGAUCUAUUUAUAGCUGCUGUGAAAGGCAGGGAUGUAAUACAAUCUCAUUGUACUUCACACACUGCCAUUUGGGCUGUCUGCAUCUUCAAACAUGAGUUUUUAUGUGUUCUAUAUGGAACCAUUCCUGCUCUGGUUUGUGAAAGAAAUUGCUGCAUAGAUGAUGAGAUAUAAAUGCUUUUCUCUGAAAUCAAUAAAAUGAUAAAAGUCAA